AACCAAUCAAAUUAAAACCAAAAUGGGCUUUAACGUUGUGUUCUUGAUUUCUCUACUUCUACUUCCUGUUACUUUUGGUAGCAACAUGGAACGAACCACCUUGGUUAUAGACGGUGCACGUCGAAUCGCUGAGACCGAUGAAAACUUUGUCUGCGCAACGCUUGAUUGGUGGCCACCUGAAAAGUGUAACUAUGAUCAGUGUCCUUGGGGUUACGCUUCUCUCAUCAAUUUGAACUUAUCUUCUCCUCUUCUUGCUAAAGCUAUUCAAGCUUUUAGGACGUUGAGGAUAAGAAUAGGUGGUUCCUUGCAAGAUCAAGUGAUCUACGACGUAGGAGACUUGAAGACUCCUUGCACUCAGUUUGAGAAGACAGACGAUGGAUUGUUCGGAUUCUCUAAAGGAUGUUUGUACAUGAAACGCUGGGACGAGGUUAACCAUUUCUUUAAUGCAACCGGAGCUAUCGUGACUUUCGGUUUGAACGCGUUGCACGGGAGAGAUAAACUCAACGGAACUGCGUGGGGAGGAGACUGGGAUCAUACCAACACUCAGGAUUUCAUGAACUACACAGUCUCAAAGGGUUAUGCUAUAGACUCGUGGGAGUUAGGCAAUGAGCUUAGUGGAAGCGGGAUUUGGGCAAGCGUGAGUGUAGAGCUUUAUGGGAAAGACUUGAUUGUACUGAAAGAUGUAAUCAAGAACGUUUACAAGAAUUCUAGAAUCAAGCCUUUGGUUGUAGCUCCAGGUGGAUUCUUUGAAGAAAAAUGGUACUCGGAGCUUCUUCGGCUCUCUGGACCCGGUGUUCUUGAUGUUCUGACUCAUCAUAUAUACAAUCUUGGUCCAGGGAAUGAUCCUAACCUAGUGAAUAAGAUACUAGAUCCAAAUUACUUGAGCGGAAUUUCGGGAUUAUUUGCGAAUGUGAACCGAACAAUUCAAGAACAUGGACCUUGGGCUGCUGCUUGGGUUGGAGAAGCUGGUGGAGCAUUUAACAGCGGUGGCCGUCAGGUUUCUGAGACAUUCAUUAACAGUUUCUGGUACUUAGAUCAGCUCGGUAUUUCGUCGAAACAUAACACCAAAGUAUACUGCAGACAAGCUUUGGUUGGAGGUUUCUACGGUCUGCUCGAAAAGGAAACGUUUGUUCCCAAUCCAGAUUACUACAGCGCGCUUCUUUGGCAUCGUUUGAUGGGUAAAGGCGUUCUCGGCGUUCAGACAACUGCCUCGGAGUAUCUACGAGCUUACGUUCAUUGCUCCAAAAGAAGAGCUGGUAUAACGAUUCUUCUGAUCAAUCUGAGUAAGGACACGACGUUUACAGUCGCAGUCAGCAAUGGCAUGAAGGUUGUUUUGCAAGCAGAUAAGAUGAAGAGGAAAUCUUUUCUGGAAACAAUCAAGAGCAAGGUUUCUUGGGUCGGAAACAAAGCUUCGGAUGGAUAUUUGAACAGAGAAGAGUAUCACUUGAGUCCGAAAGACGGUGACUUGCGUAGCAAGAUAAUUCUCUUGAAUGGUGACCCUUUGGUACCGACAGCCACCGGAGAUAUCCCAAAACUUGAGCCGGUCCGUCAUGGUGUGAAAUCUCCGGUUUAUAUCAAUCCGCUGUCAAUCUCAUUCAUUGUGUUGCCUACGUUCGAUGCUCCUGCUUGUGCUUGAAGAGGAUGGUGAUUGGUGAAUAUCAAACAUUGAAGAACAGACCGUAAAUUUCUUGGCAAUUGUAUAUAUUAUCUAUGUAACACAUACUAUUGUAUACUGGAAGUGGUUUCUUCCAAUCUAAAUAUAUCUUUUUUACUUUC